AUGUCCCAGUUGAUGAAGUCGCUGACCGAGCAUUCCGUCUUGCUGGACGUUCUCAGGUGCGAGCAGCUCGUCUCAAACCCUCGACGUGGCUCGCCUUGGGUAACUCGGGGUGAGUGCCUUGAUAUACUGCGCUUGUUGCGACAUCUACUCUGUACUUCUAAUCCUACAAUAUAAUUGUAUGGGCCUAUAGCUCUGUAGCCUUUGUUGGGCAACACGCUCAUUGCAUAUAUGGCUCUCAGCAGACCCUUUGCCUCCACUCGCGCCAUCUGCGCCGAUCCGUCCUUAUACAGUGACUUGUCUCGUCGCAAAGGUAUGCUGAGCCGAUCCAUGGACUUCUCUAUGAUCAUUUUGCAGCCGACUGACAUCUAA